GAAGAAUAUUAUGUUCAAAGAUUGCUGGAUAUUGUGGGUGGGCUAAAGAAAGGCUACAUGAUCUGGCAAGAAGUAGUGGAUAAUGGAGCCAAGGUUCAACCAGACACAGUUGUAGAGGUUUGGAAGGGAGGCUACCAGGCAGAAAUGAGCAAAGUUACGGCCCUUGGUUACAAAACUCUCCUAUCCUCUUGUUGGUAUCUUAACUACAUCUCCUACGGAUCAGACUGGCAAAAAUAUUACACAUGUGAACCAUAUAACUUCAAUGGAACCGCUGAGCAGAAGAAGCUUGUGAUUGGUGGAGAGGUGUGCAUGUGGGGGGAAUACGUAGACAACACCAACGUACUCUCACGGACGUGGUGAGUGGUAGAUA